AUGAAAAAUAAAUAACGUGUAAACAAGGGCGCCAGGGACCCUUCCUCCCCGCUCAUGGCCGAGGUCCCGCCGCACGCCCGCAAGUUCCUCUUCCGCUCCUCCGGCAGCAGGAACCCGCCCGCCGAGUGCCUGGAGGUGCUCAUCCCCGAGGUGGUAAGCCCCAGCUAUGGCAUGUACACAUGGCCCUGUGCCCCAGUCUUGGCACAGUAUGUGUGGUACCACCGCAGGGCCUUUGCUAACCGCACAGUCCUAGAGAUUGGUGCUGGCACGGCUCUUCCAGGGAUUGUGGCUGCAAAGUGUGGCGCUCAGGUGAUCCUCUCAGACUCGGGACAGCUGCCUAAGUGCCUCAGAAACUGCCAGGUGUCCUGCCAGGCUAAUGGCUUGGCAGGCUCUGUGGCAGUGAUAGGCCUCACUUGGGGGGUUUUCACACCUGAGUUGCUACACCUGGACCCAAUAGAUGUCAUCCUGGGAUCUGACUGCUUCUAUGACCCAACAGUGUUUGAGGAUGUUUUGGUGACUGUGUCCUACCUGCUGGAACACAAUCCUGGUGCACACUUUAUAUUUUCCUACCAGGAGCGAGCCUCUGACUGGUCCCUGGAGCACCUGCUGCACAAAUGGAAUUUAUCCUGCACACAACUGCCUUUGUUGACCUUUGAUGCUGACAGAACCAAUAUUGCUGAGUCCAACCUGCCUGGCUCUCACACUAUUCAUGUGUUUCAGAUCACCAGGAGCUCCACCACCUGA